AGGGCAUGCUCCUGGCGGGAACAGACACAACAGCCGUGAGUAUAGAGUGGGCACUAGCUGCUUUAUUAAAUCAGCCAGAAAUAUUGAAGAAAGCAAAGGAUGAAAUAGACACUUACGUUGGACAAGAUCGCUUGGUAGAUGAGUCAGACAUUCCAAAUCUUCCUUAUAUUCAAAAUAUUGUCUACGAGACACUUCGAUUAUACACUCCAGCUCCAUUACUAUUGCCUCAUUAUUCCUCAGAUGAGUGCACUAUUGAAGGAUACACUAUUCCACGUGACACCAUAGUGUUGAUCAAUGCAUGGGCCAUUCAAAGAGAUCCUCAACUUUGGAAUGAUGCUGAAUCCUUUAAGCCAGAGAGGUUUGAGAAGGAAGGAGAAGUAAACAAAUUAAUGUCAUUCGGAUUGGGAAGACGGGCUUGUCCAGGAUUAGGUUUGGCACAUCGUUCAAUGGGAUUGACUUUGGGAUUGUUGAUUCAAUGUUUUGAAUGGAAACGAACAAGUGAUGAAGAAAUUGAUAUGAAUGAGAAUAAAGGGGUGGCAAUGCCGAAGAUAAUUCCACUAGAAGCUAUGUGCAGAGCACGUCCAAUCAGCCACAAAGUUAUGCAUGAAUUUGUUGUUUAGGAUGUAGUGGGAGAAUCUGCAAUAAGUAUUUGUAUUUUUCGCAUCUAUCAGAUAAACAUGCAUAAAUAAAUUAAUAAAUAAAUAAUAACAUGUUUCUCAAAUUAA